CCGUACCUGCUGCUUCCAAAACCACCUUUCCCGAUGUAUAUCGCCAUAGCUACCGUCGUACUCCUGCUUGGCCUCCUCCUAUGGCGGAGGGCGCAAACCAACCUCCCAUAUCCUCCAGGCCCACCACCGAAGCCUCUCAUCGGCAACCUUCCGGAUAUCCCGAGGGAACGGGAAGCCCUGGCGUACAGCGCUAUGGCGGACACCUACGGCGACAUACUCCGCCUCGGGGUGCUGGGCAAAAACAUUAUCGUCGUCAGCUCGUUCGAAGCCCUCACCGAGCUGUUCCACAAGCGCUCCGUCAACUACUCUGACCGUCCUCACUCGACGAUGAUGAACAAGCUAAUGGACCUCGAAUGGAUCUUCGCUUUCCGCUCUUAUGGAAACGAAUGGCGGGACCACCGCAAGCUCUUCCACUCGCAAUUCCAAGAAUUCGUCGUGCCCGAGUUCCGGCAGACCCAAGCACGUGCCGCACACAAACUCGCUCACGAGGUCAUUCAGUCCCCAGAGAAGCUCUUCCACCACCUCCACAUGCAUGUCGGCGGAGUACUGAUGGAUAUCACCUACGCCAUGGGCAUGAACCCGCGAACGGAGAAACUCAUCAACAUGGCAGACGACGUCAUCAUGGCCUGGUCCAAAGUCGCCACCCCGGGCGCAUACCUGGUCGAUGUAAUUCCCAUAAUGCGCUACAUCCCAGAGUGGCUUGUACCAGGGCGUGGCGGUUUCCAGAGGGAAGCACGCGUAUGCAAAGAAAGCGCGGUAGAAGCGCGGAACAGGCCGUUCAACGAGGUGGUCAGCGAGAUGAAACAUGGAACUGCCAAACCCUCAUUCGUUUCGAAGUUGCUUUCACAAGCCGGGCCGAAUCCUGACCUGGAGAUGAUGAGAGCAACCGCGGGGACCGUCUACUUCGGUAGGACGGAAGCAGUCAGCAUCUGCUUGCGCACGUUCAUACUCGCGAUGGUCACAUAUCCCGACGUCCAAGCUAAAGCGAAGCGUGAGCUCGACAGCGUCGUCGGGAGAGACCGCCUCCCCGGCUUCGAAGACAUGGACGCCUUACCUUACAUCAAUGCCAUCGUCAAAGAAGUCAUGAGGUGGAAUCCUCCUGCACCGAUGGCCAUCCCCCACGUCACAGUCAAAGACGACGAAUUCAGGGGCUACCACAUCCCCGGCGGCUCCGUCGUCAUCGGCAACCUCUGGAAAAUCCUCCACAACCCCGAAGUCUACCCCGACCCGAUGCGCUUCACGCCCGAACGCUUCACAACCGGCGUAAAGGGCGGCGACCUAGCCACCGCGGAAGAGCACCUCGAAGCCGUGUACGGCCUCGGCCGGCGCAUCUGCCCCGGGCGCUUCGCGGCCGUCUCGCAGCUGUUCAUCACGAUCGCGACGCUGCUUAGCGUGUUCGAUAUCCUACCGGGCGCGGAUGAGAACGGGAACAAGGUCACUGUGGAGCCGGACUUCACCUUCAGCUAUGCGAGCCACCCCGCUCCGUUCAAGCACUCUAUGGUCCCGCGAGGAGAGUACGUCAAGAGCCUACUCGAGUUAGCGGACUAAGCCGCUUCAUGCCAUGCGCGGCGGGAGGGCGUCGGGAGCUGUCGAGAACAUAGGGGUUCGACAUCUAAUGGAAUACUUUCCUCUAGAUGUAAGAAGGAGCAUUUCCAGACCUGCGUCCAUCUGAUCUGGAGUACUUCAUCCAGAGAGUAGCCGUGAUGAUUGAGUUAAGAGUCAGACGAUGCAGUCGGGAUACUGAACAGGCAC